UGUAGAUUCAAGGUCGAUAAAUAGUCACUCAUCGCCCUUCUUCGACCGUGUAUUUCACCACAAGAUGCCUCACUCUCAUCAUAGCCACUCGGGCCAAUUCUGUCGUCAUGCAGCGCAAGGCUCCACGCUGGAAGACGUGGUCCUAGAAGCCAUCCGGAAGGGAUUUAGAACCUUUGGCCUUUCCGAGCACUGUCCGCGAUAUCAGCAGGAGGACCUGUACCCGGAAGAAUCAGACUUGACACCCUCCGACCUAUACACCACCUACCUCUCCUUCCUCACUGAAGCUCACCGUCUCAAAACCCUCUACGCCUCGCAGAUCAACCUCCUCGUGGGCAUAGAAUCCGAGUACAUCACCGACUCUGACUUGUCCGCCCUCGAGCGUCUAUUGCAAGAACAAGGUGGCCGGAUACAAUACGUCGUCGGGUCGGUCCACCAUGUGGACUCUAUCCCCGUGGAUUUCGAUGUCUCGACUUUCGAGACCGCCCUCACCCACUGCAAAGCGACAAGAAGCUCCCCCGACAAUUACCUCAAAGUUUACUUCGACGAUCAGUACAAGAUGUUGAGGAGGAUCCAACCCAUGGUCGUAGGCCACUUUGAUCUGUGCAGGUUGUUCGCCCCCGAGAUCCAACUAGAUGCCGACAUGGGGAUAUGGGAAAAGGUGGUCAGAAACAUCGAUCAUGUGAUCGGGUAUGGGGGCCUGUUCGAAGUCAAUGCUGCUAGCUUUAGGAAAGGCUGGGAUCAGGCUUAUCCUGGCAAAGAGGUAUUACAGCACAUUAUCGAAAAAUCCGGCCGACUAUGCCUCUCAGACGACUCUCACGGGCCUAAAGCUGUCGGUCUCAACUAUCUCAGGAUGAAGGACUAUCUAGUUCAGAACGGAAUCAAGGAGAUUUGGUAUCUCACCGACCAGGAGAGUCGGGAUGGCAAGGUCGUAGCUAAGCGGUACGAGGGCGAUUGGACGACAGACGAAUUUUGGGACAAAGUCCGAUUGUAGUGUCGAGUGGCGUCAACAGGUGCCAGGCCGCAGUGCGCAAAAGACGUUGACCACACCGGAUUUCUUGUCCCUUCAAAAACCAGCGGGGAAAGAUUGAUUUUGACAUAGCUCAAUGCUUUCUAUAACCAAACUCGGUAGUACAUUCUAAGUCACGGAAGGACCCGAGUUGAUUGCCCUUU